GACAAAAUGGUUAAAAAAGAGAUAAGUGUGUGUCAACAAAUUCAGGCUCUUCUGUACAAGAAUUUUCUUAAAAAAUGGAGAAUGAAAAGAGAGAGUUUAUUGGAAUGGACAAUAACAUUGUUUCUAGGGCUAUAUUUGUGCAUCUAUUCGGAGCACUUCAGAACUACCCGUUUGCCUGAACAACCUCCUAAAGUCCUGGGAAGUGUGGAUCAGUUUAAUGACUCUGACCUGGUAGUGGCAUAUACACCAGUCAGUAACGUAACACAAAGGAUAAUGAAUAAGAUGGCCUCGGCUUCCUUUAUGAAAGGAAGAACAGUCAUUGGGACACCAGACGAAGAGGCCAUGGAUAUAGUACUUCCAAAAAAGUACCAGCAAAUGGUGGGAGUUAUAUUUCGUGAUACUUUCUCAUAUCAGCUGAAGUUUAAUUGGGGAUAUAGAAUCCCAAUUAUAAAGGAAAACUCUGAACACACAGAACGCUGUUGGGCCAUGCAUGGUGAAAUUUUUUGUUACUUGGAAAAGUACUGGCUAAAUGGGUUUGUAGCUUUUCAAGCUGCAAUUAAUGCUGCAAUUAUAGAAGUCACAACAAAUCAUUCUGUAAUGGAGGAGUUGACAUCAGUUAUUGGAAUAAAUAUGAAGAUGCUACCUUUCAUUUCUAAGGGAGAAAUUAUGAAUGAAUGGUUUCUUUUUACUUGCUUAGUUUCUUUCUCUUCUUUUAUGUACUUUGCGUCAUUAAACGUUGCAAGGGAAAGAGGAGAAUUUAAGAAACUGAUGACAGUAAUGGGUCUCCGAGAGUCAGCAUUCUGGCUCUCCUGGGGAUUGACCUAUGUUUGCUUCAUCUUUGUUAUGUCCAUUUUUAUGGCUCUGAUCAUAACAUCAAUCCCAAUUAUAUUUCAUACUGGCUUCAUGGUGAUAUUCACACUCUUUAGCUUAUAUGGCCUUUCUUUGAUAGCAUUGGCUUUCCUCAUGAGUGUGUUAAUAAGGAAACCUAUGCUCGCUGGUUUGGCUGGAUUUCUCUUCACUGUAUUUUGGGGAUGUCUGGGAUUCACUGUGUUACAUAGACAGCUUCCUUUCUCUUUGGGAUGGAUAUUAAGUCUUCUUAGCCCUUUUGCCUUCAUUGCUGGAAUGGCCCAGAUUGCACACUUGGAUAAUUACUUACGUGGUGUUAUUUUUCCUGAUCCCUCUGGGGAUUCCUACAUAAUGAUAGCCACUUUCUUCAUUUUGGCAUUUGAUGCUCUUUUCUAUUUGAUAUUAACAUUGUAUUUUGAGCGAGUUUUGCCUGAUAAAGAUGGCCAUGGGGAUUCUCCAUUAUUUUUCCUUAAGUCUUCCUUUUGGUCCAAACAUCAAAAUACUCAUCAUGAAAUCUUUGAGAAUGAAAUAAAUUCUGAACAUUCCUCUGAUGACUCUUUUGAACCAGUUUCUCCAGAAUUCCAUGGAAAAGAAGCCAUAAGAAUCAGAAAUGUUAAAAAAGAAUAUAAUGGAAAGACUGGAAAAGUAGAAGCAUUGCAAGGCAUAUUUUUUGACAUAUAUGAAGGACAGAUCACUGCAAUACUUGGGCAUAAUGGAGCUGGUAAAUCAACACUGCUAAACAUUCUUAGUGGAUUGUCUGUUUCUACAGAAGGAUCAACCACUAUUUAUAAUACCCAAGUCUCUGAAAUAACUGACAUGGAAGAAAUGAGACAGAACAUUGGAUUUUGUCCACAGUUCAAUUUUCAAUUUGACUUCCUCACUGUGAAAGAAAACCUCAGGGUAUUUGCUAAAAUAAAAGGGAUUCAGCCAAAGGAAGUAGAACAAGAGGUAAAAAGAAUUAUAAUGGAAUUAGAUAUGCAAAGCAUUCAAGACAUUAUUGCUAAAAAAUUAAGUGGUGGACAGAAGAGAAAGCUAACAUUAGGGAUUGCCAUCUUAGGAGAUCCUCAGGUUUUGCUACUAGAUGAACCAACUGCUGGAUUGGAUCCCUUUUCGAGGCAUCGAGUGUGGAGCCUCCUGAAGGAGUAUAAAGUAGACCGAGUUAUCCUCUUCAGUACCCAAUUCAUGGAUGAGGCUGACAUCUUGGCUGAUAGGAAAGUAUUUCUGUCUAAAGGGAAGUUGAAAUGUGCAGGAUCAUCUUUGUUUCUGAAGCAAAAGUGGGGUAUUGGAUAUCAUUUAAGUUUACACAGGAAUGAAAUGUGUGACACAGAGAAAAUCACAUCCCUUAUUAAACAGCACAUUCCUGAUGCCAAGUUAACAACAGAAAGUGAAGAAAAGCUUGCAUAUAGUUUGCCUUUGGAAAAAACGAACAGAUUUCCAGAUCUUUACAGUGACCUUGAUAAGUGUUCUGACCAGGGCAUAAGGAAUUAUGGUGUUUCAAUGACAACUCUGAAUGAAGUAUUCUUGAACCUAGAAGGAAAAUCAGCAAUUGAUGAACCAGAUUUUGACAUUGGGAAACAAAGGAAAAUAUAUGUGACAAGAAAUACUGGAAAUGAGUCUGAAAUGGAACAGGUUCUUUGUUCUCUUCCUGAAACAAGAAAGGCUGUCAGUAGUGCAACUCUCUGGAGACGACAAAUCUAUGCGGUGGCAACACUUCGCUUCUUAAAGUUAAGGCGUGAAAGGAGAGUUCUUUUGUGUUUGUCACUAGUACUUGGAGUUGCUUUUAUCCCCAUCAUUCUAGAAAAGAUAAUGUAUAAAGUAUUUCGUGAAACUCAUUGUUGGGAGUUUUCACCCAGUAUGUAUUUCCUUUCUCUGGAACAAAUCCCGAAGACGCCUCUUACCAGCCUAUUAAUCAUUAAUAAUACAGGAUCGAAUAUUGAAGACCUCGUGCAUUCACUGAAGCGUCAGGAUAUAGUUUUGGAAAUAGAUGACUUUAGAAACAGAAAUGGCUCAGACGAUCCCUCCUACAAUGGAGCCAUCAUAGUGUCUGGUGAUCAGAAGGAUUACAGAUUUUCAGUUGCAUGUAAUACCAAGAAAUUGAAUUGUUUUCCUGUUCUUAUGGGAAUUGUUAGCAAUGCCCUUAUUGGAAUUUUUAACUUCACGGAGCUUAUUCAAACGGAGAGCACGUCAUUUUCUCAUGAUGACAUAGUGCUGGAUUUGGGUUUUAUAGAUGGGUCCAUAUUUCUGUUGUUGAUCACAAACUGCAUUUCUCCUUUUAUCGGCAUGAGCAGCAUCAGCGAUUAUAAAAAAAAGGUUCAAUCCCAGUUAUGGAUUUCAGGCCUUUGGCCUUCAGCAUACUGGUGUGGACAGGCACUGGUGGACAUUCCAUUACACUUCUUGAUUCUCCUUUCAAUACAUUUAAUUUACUACUUCAUCUUUCUGGAAUUCCAGUUUUCAUGGGAACGCACGUUUGUUUUGGUGGUAUGCAUAAUUGGUUGUGCAGCUUCUCUUAUAUUCCUCACAUACGUGUUUUCAUUCAUCUUUCACAAGUGGAGAAAAAAUAAUGGUGUUUGGUCUUUUGACUUUUUUAUUAUCUUAAUAUGUGUAUCCACAAUUCUGGUAUCAACUCAAUAUGAAAGCCUCAACUUAAUUUUGUGCAUGAUUUUCAUACCUUCCUUCACUUUGCUGGGAUAUGUCAUAUUAUUGAUCCAGCUCGACUUUAUGUAUAUGACAAACUUGGACAGUCUGGACAGUAUAAUAAAUGAAGUCAAUAAAACCAUUCUUUUAACAACCUUAAUACCAUACCUUCAGAGUGUUAUUUUCCUUUUUGUCAUAAGAUGUCUGGAAAUGAAGUAUGGAAGUGAAAUAAUGAAUAAAGACCCAGUUUUCAGAAUCUCUCCACGGAGUAGAGAAACUCAUCCCAAUCCAGAAGAGCCCGAAGAAGAAGAUGAAGAUGUUCAAGCUGAAAGAGUCCAAGUAGCAAAUACACUCACUACUCCAAACUUGGCGGAGGAGCCAGUCAUAACUGCAAGCUGUUUACACAAGGAAUAUUAUGACACAAAGAAAAGUUGCUUUUCAACAAGAAAGAAGAAAAUAGCCAUCAGAAAUGUUUCCUUUUGUGUUAAAAAAGGUGAAGUUUUGGGAUUACUAGGACACAAUGGAGCUGGUAAAAGUACUUCCAUUAAAAUGAUAGCUGGAUACACAAAGCCAUGUGCAGGAGUGGUGGUGUUACAAGACAGCAGAACAUUGGUAAGGCAACAGCAUGACAACAGUCUCAAGUUCUUGGGGUACUGCCCUCAGGAGAACUCACUGUGGCCCAAGCUUACAAUGAAAGAGCACCUGGAGUUGUAUGCAGCCGUGAAAGGACUGGGCAAAGAAGAUGCUGCUCUUAGUAUUUCACGAUUGGUGGAAGCUCUCAAGCUCCAGGAGCAACUUAAGGCUCCCGUGAAAACUCUAUCAGAGGGAAUAAAGAGAAAGCUGUGCUUUGUGCUGAGCAUCCUGGGGAACCCAUCAGUGGUGCUUCUAGACGAACCAUUUACUGGGAUGGACCCCGAGGGGCAGCAGCACAUGUGGCAGAUACUUCAGGCUACCGUUAAAAACAAGGAGAGGGGCGCCCUCUUGACCACCCAUUACAUGUCGGAGGCUGAGGCUGUAUGUGACCGUGUGGCCAUCAUGGUUUCAGGAGCGCUAAGGUGUAUUGGUUCCAUUCAACAUCUGAAAAACAAGUUUGGCAAAGAUUAUUUACUAGAAAUAAAAAUGAAAGAACCUAGUCAGGUGGAAGCUCUCCACACAGAGAUUUUGAAGCUUUUCCCACAGGCUGCUCGGCAGGAAAGAUACUCCUCUUUAAUGGCGUAUAAGUUACCUGUGGAGGAUGUCCACCCUCUGUCUCGGGCCUUUUUCAAAUUAGAGGCAGUGAAACAGACCUUCAACCUGGAGGAAUACAGCCUCUCUCAGGCUACCUUGGAGCAGGUAUUCUUAGAACUCUGUAAAGAGCAGGAGAUGGGAAAUGUUGAUGAUAAAAUUGAUACAACAGUUCAAUGGAAACUUCUCCCACAGGAAGACCCUUAAAAGGAAGAACCGCCUAACAUUCAAUUUUAGGUCCUACUACAUUGUUAGUUUCCAUAAUUCUACAAGAAUGUUUCCUUUUACUUCAGUUAACAAAGGAAAACAUUCAAUAGUUUAAACAUUCAGUAAUGAUUAAAGUUUUCAUUUUUAAAAAUUUUAGGAUGAAGGAAACAAGGAAAUAUAGGGAAAAGCAGUAGAAAAAAUUAACAAAAUCGGACCUGUUAUUCCUUCCCAACAUGGUCUAUUUUGUGCUUAAAAAUAAUUUAAAAGUCAUAUAAUAUUAGGUUGGUUUUUGGUUAUCAUCAAAAAAGCUAACACUGAGCACAUUUUACAAAUAAAAAUUUGAGGUUUUUUUAGCCUGAACUUCAAAUGUAUUAGCUAUUUUUAAACAUUAGUUACUCAGAUUCUAAUUUAAUGUGACAUUGACUGUAAGAAGAUCUGAUGAAAUGGCACAACAUAACAUUAAAAUGACAUUCUGAUUAUAAAAUAAAUACAUGUGAAUUUUAGUACAUAUUGAAAUUAUAUAGAAGAAAAUAACCAUAAUCUGUAAGAAAGUACCACAGUUAAUAUUUUAUUUAGCCAACUUAUAUUCAAUGUAUUUUUUAUGGAUCCUUUUUCAAAGGUAAUAUCAGUAGGCAUAGUCAUUUUCUGUAUCUUUUCACCUCAUAGUUCACGAACAUUUCCCAUGUCAUUAUAACACUUUUGUGUUAUAUAAUUGCUGCAUUAAUGUUAGAGCUGUAGUGAUAUAAUACCAGAGUUGUUAAGUUUGGGUUUUAUGCAAAUUUACUUCUUAGAAAUAAAACUUUGAUGGAUUUU